CAGACGACGACACGAUGCGUGUUGUUGUAAUACCGGGAAGUUCAGUAAAAUUAGACACUGUAGUAUUUUUAUUUUGUGUUGUGCAAAUGCAAUAUUAAAGUGAAACACAGUCACUGGUGCCAACUGAACUUUUACAUUUACCGUUGUCCGACAUGUGGAUGGACGUGGGCAUAACUUUUUUUAUAAGCCAAAUAAUCCUAUUGUUGAUUCCGGCGGCGGAAGUGGUGGGCGAGUGGUCAUCAAAAAUACUCGACUUACCCGAUUCUCAUAUAACGCGAUACCUUAACACAUUCAAGGAUGAGGGAGAAAAGUGUCGAAACAGUGAAUCUUGUAAUUAUCAACAUAUUUUAGAAACUGGUUUGUGCUGGGGCUAUGAGGAAAAUUGCCCUGAUCAUUUGGGCUAUUCCAAUGCUCAUUGCCCUGGUGAUCACAAAGGUUGGGUCAGUUCCAAGUCCCAACAGCUGCAGACAUUCGUAAAUCAAGCAGAUUUUGGAUUUGUUAAACAGCAACUCCAAUCAACAACAGUCAUGUGUAAACCAAGAUUGGAUGGUGAAUCAUUUCUGGAAUGCAGCCAAUACCUCCAGUUUUGUAGAGGUUCCAAUUUGUAUAUUGAUUUUCGGGAUUUACCAUCUAGAAAAGAAUCCUUCAGAUAUAAAAUGGAUGUACUCAAGAAGGGACAGAUUGGGGGUAGAUGCAAGUUGAAUGAUUUCAAGCUCCAGUCAGAAGCUGUACAUCAAAGCCCAUUGCAAUCUUGGGCUCCAGAAAUUGAACACUUUCAAGAACUUCCGGACUUGGUAAACAAACAGUCGAAAAUCUGCGACGUUUUCAUCGACCGGCCAACUUUCAUAAUGAAAAUUGAUGCCACUGUCAACAUGUACCAUCACUUUUGCGAUUUCUUUAAUUUAUACGCUUCGUUGCAUUUAAACGGAACGCACAACGAAAUGUUUUCACGAGACGUCAACAUUCUAAUAUGGGAGACCUACAAUUACCAUUCAAAUUUUGGUAUUACAUGGUCGGUUUUCACCAAAAAUCCCCUUAUGAAUCUCAGAACAUUCGAAGGAAAACGAGUUUGUUUUCGCGAAGUUAUCUUUCCCCUACUGCCUCGGAUGAUCUUUGGACUUUACUACAAUACUCCUGUCGUCUGGGGUUGUCAAGAAUCCGGAUUAUUCCACGCAUUUUCAAAGUUCAUUUUGCAUCGGCUAAAAAUUCCGAAACGUACGGCAAUCGAUCUGGUUGAAUUACCCAGAAUCAAAAUUACGUUACUCUCUCGUAAUACUCAGUACCGAAGAAUUCUCAACGAAAAAGCACUGCUCGAUAAACUCAGAUCGAGUCCCCGUCAAUACACAAUCCAAAGGGUUGAAUUCACUCAUGAAACGGAUUUCCGCCAACAGUUAAACAUAAUUCAGGAUACAGAUAUUUUCAUUGGAAUGCAUGGAGCUGGACUUACUCAUUUAUUGUUUCUUCCGGAUUGGGCCUCUGUGUUCGAAUUGUACAACUGUGGAGAUGAACAUUGCUACGCUGACCUUGCCCGUCUUCGCGGCGUUCACUAUCAGACUUGGACAAACCCUGCAAAAUUAAAGCCCCAAGACAAAGGCCACCAUCCGUCUGAUGGUGGACCGCAUGCCAAAUUUACCAAUUACUCGUUCGAUACAGACGAGUUUCUUCGCAUAGUCGACUCAGCAGCUGACCAUGUUUCUCAACAUCCUACCUAUCGCCAUACGUUUGGUCACUUAAAUCAGCCAACCAAAUCACGAGAUUUUUAUAAAAUCUUGGGAAUACAAAAAUCAGCCAACACUAACCAAAUCAAGAAAGCAUACAGGAAAUUAGCAAAAGAACUUCAUCCUGACAGAAACAAAGAAGACCCUGAAAAAGCCAGUGCCCAGUUUCAAGACCUUGGAGCAGCCUAUGAGACUCUUUCUGAUCCAGAGAAGAGAGAACUUUAUGAUCGCUGUGGUGAAGAGUGUGUUUCAAAGGAAGGUGCAGGUGGGGGUGGAAUGGAUCCGUUCGCCAGUUUUUUUGGUGAUUUUGGGUUUGGAUUUGGGGGUAAUGGUAACCAGGGUCAAAGGGAGGUUGCAAAAGGAGCAGAUAUUGUGAUGGAUCUGUUUGUUUCUCUCGAAGAACUUUACUCUGGAAACUUUGUAGAGAUAACACAUAACAAACCUGUUCUAAAACCUGCAAAAGGUACUCGAAAGUGCAACUGCAGGCAAGAAAUGGUAACCCGUCAAUUAGGUCCAGGAAGAUUUCAAAUGAUGCAGCAAGCUGUCUGUGAUGAGUGCCCUAAUGUCAAGCUUGUUAAUGAAGAACGAGUUCUCGAAGUCGAAAUCGAGCAAGGAAUGACGGACGGUUUGGAGCAGAGAUUUACUGCCGAAGGUGAACCACACACUGAUGGAGAGCCAGGUGACCUCCGUCUACGAAUUCAAACAGCUCCACAUUCCACUUUUGAACGCCGAGGAGAUGAUUUGUAUACCAACGUUACCAUCUCUUUAGCGGAUGCCUUGGCCGGUUUUGAAUUAGAUAUUGAACACUUGGAUGGACAUAAAGUACAUAUCGUCCGUGACAAAGUGACUUGGCCAGGUGCUCGCAUUCGUAAGAAGGGCGAAGGAAUGCCAAAUUACGAGAACAACAAUCUUUUCGGCAUGCUCUACGUAACAUUUGACGUGCAGUUCCCGAAAGACGAACUCUCAACUGAGGUCAAGGAAAAGCUCAGGCAAUUGCUGUCGCAAGAUUCAAUCAACAAAGUGUACAAUGGCCUCAGAGGGUUUUAAAGUUCUUCGAUGCAUUUCGUGCAUGUAAAUUUUUACAAUUUUUUUUUUUUAUUGAAAAAAAAAAUCGCUGUGUCACUACGA